CAUGUUCGGCGCGUUCAUAGCAGGCAGAUUCUAAACAUUUUCCCAGCGAGCCAGCUAAUACGUAAGCACGUUCAUAGAAUAUCUACAACGAACUUCGUACUGCAUUGUAGUCGUCCCUCCUCGACAUAUUUGGCACUGUCCGGAACCGACACAGAGUGCGAGGGAAGGAUGCCCACCUGAGCCCCACGACCAGCGGCGUAGUGAAGGAAUCCUUCAGGCGUUUGAAGCCGGCUUGUCGGCUCCAGCGACCGUGACUUGGCUUCCGUCCGACACCGUAGCCGGUAUCCGCAUAGUAGCCAGAUAUCGUGACUGCGCACCGUCAUGACACGAUGUCGCGUCUCUCGGUAACCCUUUUUGGAUUGACAUUCUUGACGUUUGCGAGCGCCGCCAGCCUAGUUCCGGGGCGCGCCUUUGACAGGUUCAUAACCAUCUGGCUGGAGAACCAAGACUACGCGAAAGCUGCCGUCGAUGCCAACAUUGCCGACCUGAAAAGGCAGGGCAUUCUGCUCACGCGCUACUAUGCCCACACGCAUCCCUCGCAGCCCAACUACCUGGCCGCCGUUGCAGGCGACUACUUUGGGCUCAACCACGACGAGAACGUUCGCGUGCCUGAGGACGUCUUCACGGUAGUUGAUCUGCUAGAGACGAAAAAUAUAUCAUGGGCUGGGUAUUUCGAAGACAUGCCCGGGCCAGGCUACAUGUCAGAUGCAAGCGAUGGUUCCACAGGCAACGGCGGGUGGGACUAUGUUCGGAAACACAAUCCGUUCGUGUCGUUUGACAGCAUCAACAUGAAAGGGGAGCACCUGCUGGACCUGCAAUCGUUUGGCGCCUUCGAGCGCGCCUUAGCGGCUAAGAAGGUGCCGCAGUUUGCCUUCAUGUCGCCGAACAUGAUGAACGACGGACACAACACAUCGUUGAAGUUCGCAACUGACUGGUCGCACCGCUUCUUGCAGCCUCUGCUGGCGGAUGGCGCAUUUGAUGGGCGCACGCUGGUCAUGCUGACAUUUGACGAGUGUGAGACAUACGGCGUGCCAAACCAGAUUGUGACGCUGCUGCUGGGAAGCGCCGUUCCGCCGGCCCUGAAGGGCACCGAGGACGCUACGUUCUACACGCACUACAGCAUCCUGUCGACGCUCGAGAACAACUGGGAGCUGCCACACCUCGGUAGGUACGACGUCGGAGCAAAUGUCUUCCGGGUCGUGGCCGACCAGACGGGAUACACCAAGAACAAGGACCCUGAGAAUGCGCCGGCAGUCGACAACUCGGUGUCGUAUCCAGGGCAGCUGAACAACGAAACGUCAAAGCGGCUCCCGAUACCCGUGCCCAAUUCAAAGCUUGUGGGUGCCGGCGGACAGCCCAUCCUGGAAGCUGUGAGGCUGGCCUGGGCGGGAAAGGACGGCCAGACACCGUACGACGGCAGCGGAAGGGUUAAUGAUGGGAACCGAAACCCACCAAUAUACAAACGGCCCGCAGCAAACUCGCCAUAGAUGGGUAAUCUUAUUGAAAUAUCCUCCAUAACUUGUGAAUGAGAGAAUCUUGGAAAUAAUGUUGCUUUAGUUGGGUCCCGUUGACAUAGUGUUAAACCCCUUUCGAAAGUGAGGUACGCCCCUAGAUGGAUGUCUUGCGUUCGAGUUUAGUUCAAGGUUGAGUUGGUCACGGCGUCAGAUAAACUGCCUCGCAACUUCCCGUCUUGGCAUUCUGGGUUUCCGACUUGACGUUCUUGCCCAGAACGUACACUGCGCAUGUUGGGGGCUCCAUGGCACCUUUCAUCCAUGAUUCUUUGAUCAGACCAUUUCAACUCAGACUCCACUUCGUUAAGCAGGGUGUCCGCCUACCUGCUUAGUUUAGGUAUCCUUACGGGACGACGCCAGAACAUCAGACAGAAACAG